AUGACUGGCGCUUGUCAACACCACGCUGAGAUGGAAACUGCCGCAGAAAAGGCGCAGCAGCGCAUCAUCCACUUGCGGGGGAUUAUUGCCUAUGGGAAGACGCAACCCAAACGGUUCAUGCCCUACCUUCAAAAAUGGGAGGACAAGAUUGCCAGUCUUUUGCCGAUCGCCAACCCUUUGCCGGCGUCGCCAAACCCAGAGACGAGUGCCGCUCCUGGGAAGGAGGAAGAGAAGAUUGCCGAACUGAGCGGAAGCCGGUGGGUUCCCGAGAGUGCCCUCAUGAAGAAGUACUUCGGAAACGAAUUGCCGUUGCCACCUACGAGACCAUCGCUGUCUCCGCUCCCACAAACCCCUGCCCCUGCCCCGGCCACGACCUACAAGGGAAUGACGACUGCCGGGUCCGCCAACCCUCUGCCACCAGCCGCCGCGCGCCGUGCCGCGAAGGAUGCCUGGUGCAAGGAGCAUGGCCUGGAUCCCGAACGAUGA